GAACCGGAGGACCAUAUGGCUCUUGCCAACAAGCCUCUGCAGCGCUUCAAGCAGGAGCCAGAGGAUGACCUGCCUGAGGCGCCCCCCAAGGUCCGGGAAAGCGACCACUCCCGCUCCAGCUCCCCCACCACGGGGCCCAGCACCGAGGUGGCAGAGGGCCCCCAGGAGAAGAAAAAGGUAAAGAUACGCAGGAAAAGGCGGUUUCCCACCAAGGACCUGAGCAAGGAGCUGAACCAAGAGAUCCAGAAGACGGAGAACAGCCUGGCCAACGAGAACCACCAGCCCAUCAAGUCAGAGCCCGAGAGUGAGAGUGAGGAGCCCAAGCGGCCCCUGGGCCUCUGCGAGCGCCCCCACUGCUUCAGCAAGGGGCUCACCGGCCUUCCCCAGGAGCUGCGGCACCUGGGGCCCGGCCUACGCAGCCCACCCCGUGUCAUCUCCCGGCCCCCUCCCUCCGUGUCCCCGCCCAAGUGCAUCCAGAUGGAGCAGCACGUGAUUCGGCCACCCCCCAUCAGCCCCCCACCUGACUCACUGCCCCUGGAUGAUGGGGCGGCCCAUGUCAUGCACAGGGAGGUGUGGAUGGCCAUCUUCAGCUACCUCAGCCACCAAGACUUGUGUGUCUGCAUGCGGGUCUGCAGGACCUGGAACCGCUGGUGCUGCGACAAGCGGUUGUGGACCCGCAUCGAUCUGAACCACUGCAAGUCCGUCACACCCCUGAUGCUGAGCGGCAUCAUCCGGCGGCAGCCUGUCUCCCUGGACCUCAGCUGGACCAAUAUCUCCAAGAAACAGCUGAGCUGGCUCAUCAACCGGUUGCCUGGGCUCCGAGACCUGGUGCUGUCGGGCUGCUCAUGGAUCGUGGUCUCAGCUCUCUGUAGCUCUAGCUGUCCACUGCUCCGGACCCUGGAUGUCCAGUGUGAAGGACUAAAGGAUGCCCAGAUGCGGGAUCUCCUGUCCCCACCCACAGAUAAAAGGCCAGGUCAGAUGGACAACCGGAGCAAGCUCGGGAACAUUGUGGAGCUGCGUCUAGCGGGCCUGUACAUCACGGAUGCCUCCCUGCGGCUCAUCAUCCACCACAUGCCCCUGCUCUCCAAGCUCCACCUUAGUUACUGUAAUCACGUGACCGACCAGUCCAUCAACCUGCUCACUGCCGUGGGCACCACCACCCGAGACUCCUUAACUGAAAUCAACCUAUCAGACUGCAAUAAGGUUACUGACCAGUGCCUGUCCUUCUUCAAACGCUGUGGAAAUAUCUGUCAUAUUGACCUGAGGUACUGCAAGCAGGUUACCAAGGAAGUCUGUGAGCAGUUCAUAGCUGAAAUGUCUGUGAGUGUCCAGUUUGGGCAAGUGGAAGAAAAAAUCCUACAGAAACUGAGUUAG